AUGGAUGCUGCAUUGCAAGAUGCCAUCCGGAAGGGCAAGACGCUGAAAAAGGUGCAAACAAAUGAUCGAUCUGCGCCGGCUGUAGCAGGCAAUGCUGCCUCGUCUAGUGGCGGCGGCGGCUCUGUUCGUGGGAGCGCCCGACCCCCUACAGCCCCACCUGUGCCUGGCGGCCCUCCUGCUGGUAUUGGUGAUAUCUUUGCCGCAGGGCGACCCAAACUGCGAUCUGUGUCAGGUGGGACCCCCGCGCCUGGCGCAUCAGCACCGACAUCCACACCCAGGCCUAGCGCACCACCCCCACCACGCCCAUCACACCCCCCACCACGCCCUGGUGCACCUGCACCUCCUCGUCCCACCAUGAAACCACCCAAGCCACGGCCUGCGCCACCACCUGCCAAGCCAGCGUCGCUGAGCACCAAACCACGGCCCCCACCGCCUGUGCGCAGCGCUCACACACCCACGACCCCUGCACCACGCCCGCCUCCUCCGCCGCCUCCAGCCCCAGCGGCGUCAGCUGCCCCUACCCCCCCCGCUGCGCCGGCGGCGCCAGCGCCAGCGCCAGCGCCACGGUCGUCGGCCCCUCCGCCGCCCCGAUCGCGUCCACCGCCACCACCUGCAGCGCCGACUCGCAUGGCACCACCACGCCCACCCGCUGAAGCUGCAUCACCGCCACCGCCAGCACCAGCACCGGCACCACCAGCGCCAGCACCUGCUAUGCCUGCGGCGCCUCCCGCUAUCCAAGGUGCUGGGAUGGCUCUUUCUUCGGCCGCGCCGGCCGCGCCUCCUGUAACGCGGACGAUGCCUGCACCCUCCGCACCCGCCGCUACGCCGCCUCCGUCGACCGUCCACGCCACACUCCCUAUCCGUGCCGGCCCAACAUCCACAUCAUCGACUACGACCAGCUCACGAAGAGUCCCUUCACCCCCGCCGCAAUCUGGCGCAUGGACAUUCCCUACGUCUGCUCAAUUCCCACCACCACGGUCGUUCCCUAGGACUACGCAUACGUACACAAGCGGCGAGUCGUCAGGCACUACGUUCCCUCUUUCGUCGUUGAUAUAG